UGGAAGGCAGGCCUCCCUUUCGCAAUACGAGCUCGGAAGCGGGAGCUCUGCCUUCAGAGCACCAGACAUGUUCGUUCUGAUCCUACUGGUUAGUAUACUCUCGCAGUUAACUAUAACACGUGCAAGAUCUUUAGAGAGGAUUGAGAGAGUAGAAACAAAGGCCUGGCACCUGGCCAUGAACCUGAACCCGGCAGACGGGCACGUCAUGGGGUACGCUGUUGGUUGGGCUCAAGACAUCUUCAUUGGAACCUACACUGAGGCUCUGACUAAAGAUUACUUGAACCGAGUGAUCUGGAACCACCCCGUGAGCUACAUAGCCAUUGUGAGACACCAGGGAGGGGAGGUGGACGCAGUGAAAGUGUUCCGAUUUACACAGAGUGGCAGGUCCCUUCUCUCCCGGUUCCAGGACAUGAACCCGGGCAGGGACGUGGUUACGGAGGGUGGUCCUCUCCAAGAGAGCGUAAGCAAGAAUGCUCAGAACAUGGGAGACGACCCGAUAUUUUCUGUGGGAGGAGACUUGGCUUUCAACUGGGCAUAUACCGAUAAUGGACACAGGAUCGUGAUGACAGGAGGGUUUCUGUCACCUACCGGUGUUAAUGACGACAACACCCACGGACUGGGAAACGACUUUCACUGCAACCCCCUCACCGGAGUCUCUCUCAGUGACCGCUGGCCUCACGAGAUAUCCAACAUCCAAAAUUGCCCAAAUACCUUGUGGAGUACAUCGUGCAAAGUUCAGCUGCAGGGCAGUGACGCGGGGACGCAGAUUGGCAGUAACCUGAUGAGCGGACCUGUUUACGGGAACUAUGCCAUCUACGUGUCUGAAGACGCGACAUCAUUCCGGGACCCGGACAGAAGCUGGAACUUGAAAUGGAAGUUGAAAACAAACUCACAUUCUUUGGCUAAAAAUUAACUUAUGUUGUCAAGCAUUCAACGGUGUUCGUUGAAUAUAAGAUAUUAUGUAGUUAUAUCCUAGGUGUCUAGGUAUUAUUUUUUGGGUUUAAAUACUUAUCUUUAUAAACUUUAUUAAAAUUGUGCGAUAAAAUUGUAGUAUGAUAUAAUGUCU